AUGUACAAGUGCUUAUUGCAGUGGAUGUAGCUAUGAUAAUCCUGAUGUUUGUAUUUAUUGUAUUGACCAAUAUAUCUUAGAAAACAAUGGGACAUGUUCAUCUCCUAAAGGAAAGAAUUGUUAUAAUACUAUGGCUGGUUAUUGUGAAAUUUGUAACGAGGGGUAUCAAUGGGAUAAUACAACAAAGAGUUGUGUUGAAGGAAAUGAUAAUUGUACUCGUUAUUCUACUGAUGAUGGCUCUUGCAGUACUUGUAAUGAUGGGUUCUUGUUAGAAAACGGUAAAUGCACUAAGUGUGAAACUAAUCCUUAUUGUAUUCUUUUUGAUGGUUCAUGUAAUAAAUGUAUGAAAUGUAAACCAUCUUAUGGCGUUGUUAAUGGAACAUGUGCUCAACCAAUUGAACAUUGUAUGGAAUAUAAAACUACAGAAACAGGUAAUCCAACUUGCCUAACAUGUUUUGGAGGAUAUUAUUUAAUUAAUAAUGGAAAUAAAUGUGUCAAUGCUACUAUUGAGAAUUGUGCUUUUUACAGUAUUGAAAAUAAUGAACUGAAAGGAUGUAAACAAUGUUAUAUUGGAUAUGUUUUUGACACUGAAAAGAAAGUUUGUAUUUCUGAUGAAAAUUAUAAAAUGGAAGGAUGUAAAAUUCAAAGUUCUAUUGGGACUUGUGUUGAGUGUUUAUUCAAUUAUCAUUUAGAGGAAGGUCAAUGCAUUCAAAAUCCAACUGGAUGUAAAAGAGGAAAUAAUAACACCUGUCAAGAAUGUUUAGAAGGGUAUGAGUUGGGAGAAGAUAACCAAUGUUAUUUAAUUAAUUACUAUUGCAAUGAACAAGCUACUUCUAAAGAAGUGUGCUCUAAAGAUAAUCACUGGUGUAUAUUUGAGACUGUUGCUACGAACACCUAUUGUACAUAUAAAUCUUUAAAUUGUUCUUCUUGGAAUGAAAUCGGAGAAUGUGUCCAAUGUUCUUUUGGAUUUGUUCUUGAUUCAAAUAACCCAAUUGCAUGCAUAGAAAAGAUAGAAGGGUGUGAAAGUUAUUUAACAAAACAAAUAAAUAACGAAACUAAAGACCUUGUUUGUGUGUCCUGCAAAUCUGGUUACUUUAUGAAAGAAGACUUUACUUGUGGUAAAUGUUCUAGUGAAUGUACUUCUCAAUGCUAUGGUGAACCUGACUUAUGUGACAAAGAUAAUAAGAAAUGUAGUGAUGCCUUUUGUAAGUCUUGUCCAAACAACAAAGAUGAGUGUGAGGUUUGUAUUGAUGGAACUAAACCACAAGGAAAUUGGUGUGGACCAGUUAUUUGUGUUAUUCCUGUUGGAGAUGAUAUGUGUUAUGAAUGUGCUUAUUUAAGUGAAGAGAAAGUUUUUGAUGAAAACACUAAACAAUAUAUUCCAAAGAAUAUAACUGGAUUUGUUCCAAACGCCAAAGGUCAUUGUAUUAAAUCACCAGAUGAUUCUAGUUAUUCUGAUGAUUCUAGUUCAUCUAAUGAUUCUUCAAAUUCAAAUAGUUCUAGUUAUUCUGAUGAUUCUUCAAAUUCAAAUAGUUCUGCUUCAUCUAAUGAUUCUUCAAAUUCAAAUAAUUCUGAUGAUUCUAGCUCAUCUAAUGAUUCUUCAAGUUCAAAUAAUUCUGGUUCAUCUAAUGACUCACAAUGUUCAAGUAAUUCAAAUAGUUCUACUACUUCAAGUGCUGAUUCUAAUGAUAGUAGUGACGAAAAAAAUAAUACCAUCUAUUAUAUUGUUGGUGGAGUCAUUUGUGGUAUUCUUCUUCUCUUGUUAAUUAUUAUUGUUGUUGCUAUUAUUGUUUUCUUUGUUACAAGAAAGAAGAAAGGGUCUGAAUAUCAUGAUAUUGCUUAA